GUCAGACAUCUCUGAAGAGGUUGUAGGAGUGAUCUGGAAUUUGUAAGCCAGUCCUCAUGAUCGGACAAGCACCUUGCGUUUUCUAGCAGCGUCCGGGAUUCUCCUUCAACCUCAAGGGCUGAUAUGAAUAAAGUAGCGGCGUGGUCAGAGGACGAGGUCUCGCUCUGGCUGACCGAUCAGGGUUUGCAGGAGUACUCGGAAGCACUGCGAAAAUAUGACGGACUGGCUUUAUUAAAUCUUACAACAGAAGACUUCAAGAGGACUCCUCUCUCUAGAGUCACUUCAGACGGCGGUCGUCUACUAUUGGAAAAGAUCGAGACUCUUAAGAUCGAGCAUCACAUGAAUGGACACACCAAUGGGCACAUGGUGUUGAAUCAAAACGGCAAUGUCGGAAGUAGCGUCAAGGCUCAACGGAACGGCAUGGCGAAUGGCUUCCACAAGGAACUGGUGCAGAUUCCCAUGCCGGAGCCGGUUUCUCCACAGUUUCCUCCUGAAUGGGGAAAGACCGCCGUGGCUCUGGUUUACGCCUUAUGCUGCUUCGUGUUCACCACCGUUGUUAUUUCUGUGGUUCACGAACGCGUGCCUCCUAAGGAAGAGACUCCGCCGCUCCCCGACAAGUUCUUUGACUUUUUUGGCAGGGUGGAGUGGGCUUUCACUGUGUGCGAGAUCAACGGGAUGGUCCUGAUCGUCUUGUGGAUUAUACAGUGGAGUCUCUUAAAACACAAAUCAAUCGUUGCUCGACGCUUCUGUUUCAUAGUCGGGACGCUCUACCUCUACCGGUGCAUCACCAUGUACAUUACUACUCUUCCCGUGCCUGGCAUGCACUUCAAAUGCUCUCCUAAGGUGAAUGGAGACUGGCAGUCUCAGAUGCGGCGGGUGAUGAAGUUGAUCGCAGGAGGAGGUCUGACCAUCACCGGCUCUCAUAACAUGUGCGGAGACUACUUAUACAGCGGCCAUACAGUCAUGCUGACCCUCACCUAUCUCUUCAUCAAGGAGUAUUCUCCCAGAAGGUUCUGGUGGUUUCACUGGGGCUGCUGGUCUUUGUGUGCGGUCGGAGUGUUCUGCAUCCUCCUGGCUCAUGACCAUUACACCAUUGACGUUGUCGUGGCCUACUUCAUCACCACACGCCUUUUCUGGUGGUAUCACACUAUGGCCAACCAACAAGUGCUCAAAGAAACAUCACAAAGCAACUUCUUCGCCAAUGUGUGGUGGUAUCGAUUUUUCCAGUACCUAGAAAGCAAUGUUCCUGCCGUUGUUCCACGUCACUACCAGAAACCCUUUUCAUGGCGAUUGCUGCACUGGAGCCAUGUCAAAUACACACGGAUAGACUCCGAUUGACUAGCUUUCUCAUUGGAAAAAAACUCACCCGAAGUGCCAGAACAAGACUGAAAUUGUUACUAAUCCCUUUAGUUAUCAAACUACUCAUUCAAAACGUCUCGUUUCCUUGCGCAGGAUAGAGUUUUUGAUGUAAACUUACCAAGUUUGUGGCGGAGAACAAUAAAUUACGGUUAGUGAUGAGCGUCUUUUUUUUUUUUUUGUCGUAGCAUUACACGCAAAACGUUUGUCCUUUUGUUUUGUUUUUUGAAUAAAUUGGUAAUGUAGCCAAGUAUCUUCGCCCCCGUUUACAGCCACAAAGCCAUCUUUUCAAGAUAUCAAACAAGCAAUUUAUUGAUCUCUUUGCUAGAAAUGAGAAUCAGUUUUGUACAGACUUCGAUUUUUCUAGAUAACACUUGCUUUCAGAUGAUUUAUAUGGACAUAAUUUUAUUUUUUGAACUAAUUCUUUACUUCGAGAGCUACAGAUGACGUAUAUCGUUCGGAUGAUCGAAUGCUCCACAGUGCCUUAACGAUUUCAGAGCAAACUCUUGCUCGUUUGUAUUUAUGUUCGUUCACAGACUAUUUCAGUGUUUCGCAUUUUUCUGCGACUCAUGCGAGAUGUUUUACCUCGUCGCCUGAAUGUUAUUUCACGAGAGUGUCCGCAAAGCUAAUUCCAUCGUCUGUUAUCAUUUCUAAUUGUUUUUGAAUAUAUUUAUUAAUGUCUUCGUUGCGUUAUGUUUAGUGUUUUCCUCUGGGAUCUUGUUUUGCACAGUUGUUUAAGUCGGACGACAGGUGUUUUAUGGUGUUGAAUUCCAGGUUUCUGUUGGACUGACAAGACGAUGUGAUUUAUCAUUUCCAUGAGCGAAUCAGAGGAUCUGUCCUAUUGACCACCCAAUACAACAAGCUGCUAUAUUGUCAUUAAAAGUAGGAGGUUUUCUGAUGUCUGUUGACAAACAAAUAAAUUACAAAUAUUAGUACACA